ACAUGCCAAAACGCUAAAACCCUUUUAAUGCUUGACGACGCCGAACGAGCCUUCCUAUCCCCCUCCCUUGCAGUAACUGCGGGCCCUUGAAUUGCUUGAGACUCAGUCUGAGGAGAGAGACUCUCAGCUGCCUCUCUCUCUGCUUUUUUCAGCUCCUCUGCCCCUUCCCUCUAGUGGGUUUUAGUGUUUUUUGCAGAACCUGUAGCAGUAGCUUUUGAGCUAUGGCGACUGAAGAUGAAAGCAUCGUUAAAAAUGGUGGCAACAUUUUCACCAACGAAGCUGAGCCUUCAGCCCACAUGGGUGGAGAUUCCACUGAGAUAAUUGAAGAAGCUCCUCCUGACCAUCCAUGGAGACGACAGAACCUUGUGUUACAGAUACCUCCAAGAACUCUUGAGGAUGCCAAAGAAGAUUUUGUAAGCAUAAACAUGCCCCCAACGCCGAGUCCCACUCCCAAAAGAGUAAACUUCUCCCCAUUACCCAGCCCUAUUGUAGCCAAAAUCAGUGGUUCCCCAGGUCCCUCAUCAUCAAAAACUAAAUCAACCACAAAAAGAAGUCUCCUUCCAAAACUAAGUUUCAAACAUCGGAACACUACUUCGGAGAUUCAGAAGGCCGCCGCUCUAGCACUAGGAGGCUUACCUGCAGGGACACGUGAGAAGCCUACAAUUCCAAGGGCCUGGUCCUUUACAAAGCUUUUAACUCCCAGAAUGAAAAAUACAUCAUCCUUGCCUGUAACUCCAAUUGCUCACUCAAAUCCAGAGUCUAUGCAUGGCAGGAACACAACUGAUCUGAAAGCAGAGGCCCAACGACCUAUUCACCGUUCACUUUCAGUCCCUGCAAUUAAUAAAGAUGGAAGUAUAUGUGUAGGCAGUGUCAUUCGUGUAGUUCCAACCACGCCACGAGUGGCUGAAGGGAUUGUCACGACAACAUCAAGCACAUCCCCUGUAAAUGACACUGGUGGAAGCAAUGAUGGUGGUGAAGAUAUUGCUGAAGAAGAAGCUGUUUGUCGAAUUUGCUUAGUUGAGCUGGGUGAAGACGCUGACACCCUCAAGAUGGAAUGCAGAUGUAAAGGCGACCUUGCUCUUGCCCACCAAGAAUGUGCUGUAAAAUGGUUCAGCAUUAAAGGUAAUAAAAAAUGUGAUGUGUGCGGAGAAGAGGUUCAGAACCUACCGGUCACCCUUCUACGAAUUCAAAAUUCUCAGGCCGUUAAUUUUCGACCAAGUAGAGCACAGCAGGCUGAGGCUACUCAAUAUAGGGUUUGGCAGGAUGUUCCCAUCCUUGUCAUAGUCAGCAUGCUUGCUUACUUCUGUUUUCUUGAGCAGCUUCUGGUGGGGAAAAUGGGAUCGGGUGCAAUUGCUCUUUCUCUUCCUUUUUCCUGCAUUUUGGGUCUUCUGGCAUCCAUGACAUCGAGCACGAUGGUGAGAAGAAGAUAUGUCUGGAUUUAUGCAACUAUUCAGUUUGUACUGGUGGUUCUCGCGUCACAUCUACUUUAUUCAUUGAUUCACAUGCAGGCAGUUCUGGCUCUUCUCCUCGCCACCUUUUCAGGAUUUGGAGUUACAAUGUGUGGAAAUUCUAUCAUUGUCAAGGCUUCGGGAUUGAGGGAAAGAUGGCGUUCUCAGGAGUCAAAUCAACAGCGUGGUUCUCAGGAGGUGGCGCAGCCGAAUCAAUCACCCCAGAAUACACGACGUACACAGACGGAUCCCCAACAGCGGGAAAAUGAACUCGAAUGAGCAGAAGUUACUCAUGGCAGCUGACUUCUCUACCUUAGCAUGCACGAAUGCCGACGCGGCGUACCAAAGGAAAGUCUGGCUGUAAACUGAUACGAAAUAUAGCACAUGUUAAGCGUUGUACAUAAACUAUUUGUACAUAUAGUUUGGCCUUGAGAGCCACAUUGUUCGGCU